AUGGCCACUGCCGCUGCCUCGGGUCAUCAGUUCUACCAACCGUUGCAUCAAGACUCAAUGGGAGGUGGAAUGCCACCAGGCGCUCGGGGUUCACCAAGGUUACCAUCUUCUCAGGUGAAAAAUGAACGACAUCCAAGAUCGCCACCCCAAGUACCUGGCCAAAUGGCACCGCUCUCCAACCAAGUGCAAAUGCCGCAAAACGCGUCGAUACAACAGCAACAACAACCAUCAUCACAACAACAGUCACAACAACAGCAACAACAGCAGCAGCAGCAGCAGCAACAGCAGCAACAACGUCGCAUGAGCCAACAGAUCAGCAGCCCCCAUGUACAAAACGCCCAACCCGCCCUCAACCAUAGCCACAACCACACCAUGCAACGACCCCCACCGGGCCCCUCACCCAUGUCCGCCCCGCCUCAACAUCCUCAGCAUCCUCAACACCCGCAACAUGCGCAACAUGCGCAGCACCCCCCACCGCCACAACAGCAACAGCAACAGCAACCCCCCCAACCUUCCCAAGACCUCGUCACCACAACCUCCACCUCUGCUCCUUCCGCCCCACCCGCUGAAGAAUCACCUCUUUAUGUCAAUGCCAAGCAAUUCCACCGCAUCCUCAAGCGGCGCGUCGCGCGACAAAAGCUUGAAGACCAACUUCGCCUCACCUCCAAGGGCCGCAAGCCCUACCUCCACGAGUCACGACACAACCACGCCAUGCGCCGGGCCGCGCGGGCCAGUGGCCGAUUCCUGACAGCCGAGGAAGUAGCGCAGAUGGAGAAGAACGCCGCGCUAGGCGUUACUGGGAUUGAGAAUGUGCCGAAUCAUGGAAAUAAUAACAAUAAUAAGAACAAUAACUCCUCUGGUCUUACGCCGCGUGCUGUUUUUAUGCGGUUCGGCUCAAGAAUGUCUCGCUUGCCUACAAACUACUACAUGUUUAUGCCCUCUCUUGAGGUUCGACCGUUUAUCAAUGCCCUUGGGGAAUUGUGA